AUGGGCGGGGACCAUCUACAUGGACUUCUAACUCCAUUCAAUUGCUUCUUCUUCUCAACCUUAGGACAUGUAUCUCCCAGGUCAGACAAGAAACGCUUAAAGGUGACAGUGUGUGCACCGAUCGUCUUCCUCGUCGACGACGUGCCCGUGCGCCGCUACCAGAAGAAGGUGGAGGCCACGUUCCCGGAGCGCGAGAUGUGGGCGUACGGCUCCGUCUGGGACGCCUCCGACUGGGCCACCGACAACGGCCGCUACAGGGCGGAUUACAGGUACCAGCCCUUCGUGUCCGGGUUCAGGGAGUUCAAGGUGGCCGGCUGCGAGGUCGGCGCGCCGGCGUUGUGCAGGCCUGUGGCGGCGGGGCCUGGAGGCGGGUUGAGCGCGCAGCAGGGUGCCGCCAUGAGGUGGGCGCAGCAGAGGUCCAUGGUCUACUACUACUGCCAGGAUGGCUCCAAGGAUCGCUCCAACUACCCUGAGUGCUAGCCUGCUACUACCUCAAGUUCAAGCUCAUCAGAAACUCGACACAGCGGCGGUGGAGGAGCUGCCCUUCCGUUAUCUUGAAAUGGUUGAGGCGUACGUACCAAUAUAUGUAUAGUGUGAUCGAUACUAUGAUUCGGUUGUGUAUAUGUGUGUGCGCGAGGUCAAGCAGCUGCUGGACGUGUCUAAGCUAUUUGUGAUACGACUUUGGUGUAUGGACUGAACUGGUCAAGCACCCUUAAUUUGGCUCCAACCAACAAAACAAUGUAUGAUUGUACUAGAUCUGUAUGAGAUAUAUGUUGCCGAACACAUGCAGGCAGUAACCGAUCCAGCCCAAUUUGCUAGGGUGGAACGGACCUAAGUUGGGCUGGGCGUUUUUACA